AUGAUUAAUUAGGAAAUAAUUAGGAAUGUUAAUGGAAAUAAAGAAAAAAAUGAUUUAUUCUAAAAUUGUAUUAUAAUCCUAUAUACUAAGAUAUAACUAAAAAGGAUCUAGAAUAAGUGAGUGGAAUAUUAUAACCAUAGCUUAGAACAUUAAAUUUUGAUGAACUUACUAAUGUACAAAUAUUUAAAUUAAAUCUAGGGAACUUUAGAUGAUCAUAUGAGUUGUUAAACCUUUUUAAAUUUCUUACCAAACUAAGAUUAUAGAGAUAGUGAUGAUCAUAUGUGUGCAUAUAAAAAGAAAUAUAUUAUAGAUUAAUUAAAGAAUGCAUUUACUUAAGGUUAAGGUAAUAAUAUAAAUAGAUAAAUAGGAAUUAAUGUGUCAUUAUUGAAAGCAUUAUAAAAAAGAACUGAUUCAUGUGAAAAGAAAACCGAUUUAUAUACAUUAAUAGAUGAUGAAAAUAUUUCAAAUAAAGGAAUUGAACAAAUGAAAACAAUGAUGGAGAAAUAUUCUGAAAGGUAAUUCAAAAUAUAGAGAUACAAAAAUAAAAGAAGGAAUUGGGAUAGAAAAAUCUCUUAUUAAGCUAGAUCUUAAGUUGCUGAAUAACGUUUAAGAAUUAAAGGAAGAUUUAUUAGUAAAUAAGAUUAAUAAUCCAUUAAAAAAUUAAUUAAUCAUAAAAAAUAAGAAGAAUUUUACGAUUAAAAGCAUAAUCUCAAUAUUUCAAAAUUUUAAUAACAUACAAAAUUAUUUUAAUAUAGUUCAGACCCUAAUAAAAUACCUAAAAAGUAAAUUCUAAUUGAUAUAAGAGAUGAAUACAAAUUUCAAUAAUAAUAAAUAAAGAUACUCAAAUAAAUCCAUAAUAAGACUUAGAUUUUUUAGAUUGUCUAGUAAAAUAAAUCUUGA